UACUACUGAAAUAUCGUGAAAGCCUUUCCAAUCAUGGGCGCUGGCCAGUCCAAAGCGGACACAGAAGAAAAAGUCUUUUACAACGAGACGCCCAUACAGGAUGUCGUGAACCACCUCUCAGAUCACUCAAUGUCACCCGACACCUCGCCAGAACGGCAAUCCACACUCGAUACCCACGUACGUGCUCGUAUACAAGCGGAGCUGCAACAUCUACAAGCGGAAGAAGAAAGUGUACAGAAGGAAAUUGAACUCGCUCUUGAGAGAGAGAACAUUGACAGGGAGAUGUCCUCGGCAGGCGGAGAACCUUCAGACGAGGUCGCUGAGGGUGAUGUCAAGAAUAGCAUGACGUUGAUGGGAGAUCUUGAAGAGAUUCGUACCAAGGUCGACAGGUUCCAGGCCAGGAAGCAGCUCAGUGAUUAUCCUGCGGUCAAGGAAAGCGGCGAAGCAGUUGUGUUAUGCUAUAGACAAAAUCCCACCGCGCCCCUGGACUGCUGGCGAGAAGUGAGGGAGUUUAACGCUAGUGUAGCUCAAGCGGAAUCGCAACAUCUCGCUUCUCUUCGGUAGGCACCAUCAAGAGCCAAGACCCACUACCAUACUUGUAGCAUGGUCCAUGACGUGUUUCAUGGGAGAGUUUAGUAGUGUGUGAAUCCU